UAUAUUUUGAUUGGAGUCUUUUGUGAAUGCCCUGUUUCUUCUUGCUCUGUUUUCCAUUGGCUUUGUCUUUUAAGGAACAUGGAUUUAACGACACUUCGUGUUCGUGUUCGUGUUCUUGUUCUUGUUCUUGGGUUGCUGUUUUUCAACUUGUUCUUCGGAUUUGGAUGCCAUGCGCAGCCUCUGCCUGAACCUGAAGUGAGUUCCCUUCGAGCCAUAUCCGCACAGCUGAAGAUCUUAAAGUGGAAAGUUGACCAAAAUUCUUGCAACGACCCUAAUAGUAGUUUCGUUAGCGAGGUGAGCUGCACUUGCUCCGUUGAUUCUUGCAGUGUCUACUCCAUCCGGAUAAAGCGUCAGAACUUACGAGGGCAUCUUCCCGCGGCAUUUGCAAAUCUGAGUGGCCUCACAGUCUUAGAUCUCACUGGAAAUUUCAUAUCCGGACCAAUCCCUGCGGACUUUGGUCGCCUUCCUCUGCGUCAUUUAUCAUUGUCGGGAAAUCAACUGAGUGAUCAGAUUCCUCCAGAAAUUGGUGAUAUUGCUUCACUCGAGGAACUGGUCUUGGAAAACAAUCAGCUUGGAGGAAUUCUUCCGGAAAGCCUCGGAAAAUUGAGCCGUUUGCGAAGGCUACUUCUUUCUGCCAAUUAUUUCACAGGUCCCAUUCCAGAAUCUUAUGGAAACUUGAGGAAUUUGACUGAUUUUUGGAUAGAUGGAAAUGGUGUAUCGGGAAAGCUUCCUGAAUUUAUUGGCAAUUGGACCAACAUUAAGAAAUUAUAUAUGCAAGGAACUUCUAUGGAAACCCCUAUUCCUGAUGCCAUAUCCAAGUUAAAAAGCUUAGAGGAACUGGGGAUAACCGAUUUGAAGGGACUGCCAACAAGUUUUCCCGAUUUGACUCAAUUGACAUCUUUACGCCGACUCUUCCUAAGAAAUUGCUUAAUCCACGAUCGUAUUCCUGACUAUAUGGGACAGUCGUUUAAUAACUUAGAAAUUUUAGAUUUAAGCUGCAACAGACUAAGCGGUCCAAUUCCAGAAACAUUUGGAAAGCUAGUACACCAGUCAACUGAGUACAUGUUUAUGGGUAAUAACUCGUUAAGCGGCCAAGUACCCGAUUGGAUUAUGACCUCCGGAAGGAACAUAGAUUUAUCUUACAACAAUUUUACAAGGUCGUCUGUUCCCAACUAUUGUCGGCAGUAUGAUGUGAACUUGGUGUCAAGUUACUCAACUAUAAAGAAUGGGAAUCAAAAGCAAGAAGAUGAUUGGUGCCUGAGGAAAAAUCUCCCUUGCCCUAAAGAAGCUCGAUAUGAUUCAUUAUUCAUUAAUUGUGGAGGAAAAAGCAUGAACUUUACUGGUAAUGAAUACGAAGGGGAUACGAUGGGUAACAGUGCGCAGUCCAGCUCCUUCGAUUUUUCCAAAGGAAAUUGGGGUUACAGCUCUACUGGUCUUUUCUUGGGAAAUGAGGGACUUCCUUACACAGUCACAAACACCAGUCCCAUUUCUGCUACGGGUGUCUAUGAGACAGCUCGAGUUGCUCCUGUUUCCCUCAAAUACUAUGGAUUUUGCUUGAGGAAAGGAAGUUACAAUGUCAAGCUUCACUUUGCUGAAAUUAUGUUUACUACUGCUCACCAAGACUUCAGCGAAUCCGGAAGGCGCAUAUUUGAUAUCUCAAUUCAAGGAAAACUGAUUCAAACAGAUUUUAACCUCACGAUGAAAGCUGGAGGUGUUGGUAAGAGCUAUAUUUUGGAAGAGACUGAUAUUCAAGUCAACAAAGAAGGCACUUUAGAGAUCCACUUAUAUUGGGCUGGUAAAGGAACAAAUGCCAUUCCUGAGAGAGGGGUGUUCGGACCUCUAAUAUCAGCCAUUACAGUAACAUCCGACUCCAAGGAUCCAUCAACACCUUCCAAGCCUCCAAUAUCAGAAGCUGAUCAUGUUCCCCUUUCUGCCGGUGCAAUCGUUGGAAUUUUGGCUGCAGAAGCCUUCUUUAUAAUUUUGGUUCUUGGAAUUUUAUGGUGGAGAGGGUGUCUUGGAUGGAAAAUUACACGUCCAAAAGAUUGGGAGGGUCUGAGUCUGCAAAUUGGUUCGUUUACUUUAAAGCAAAUCACAACUGCGACCAAUAACUUUGACAGUUCCAAUAAGAUAGGGGAAGGUGGUUUUGGACCUGUUUACAAGGGUAUUCUCCCGGAUGGUACCGUGAUUGCAGUGAAGAAACUUUCUUCAAAGUCAAAUCAAGGAAAACGCGAAUUUGUGAAUGAGAUAGGCACGAUAUCAUCUUUGCAGCAUCCAUAUCUAGUAAAGCUUUAUGGAUGUUGCACUGAAAGAGAUCAGCUUUUGCUAGUAUAUGAAUAUGUGCAAAAUAAUAGCCUCGCUCGGGCCUUAUUUGGUCCUAAGGAAUGCCAGUUAGAAUUGAAUUGGCCAACAAGGCUACAAAUUUGUAUUGGUAUAGCCAAAGGUUUGGCUUUUCUUCAUGAGGAGUCGGGAUUGAAGAUUGUUCACCGAGACAUCAAAGGAACCAAUAUAUUGCUAGAUGAAAAUCUCACUCCAAAGAUAUCUGACUUUGGUUUGGCCAAGCUUGAUGAAGAAGAGAAUACCCACAUGACCACUCGGAUUGCUGGAACAUUUGGAUACAUGGCGCCAGAAUAUGCAACAAGAGGCCACCUAACUGAUAAAGCAGAUGUUUAUAGUUUUGGUAUUGUGGCAUUAGAAAUAGUUAGUGGAAGGAGCAACACCUUAUAUCGAUCAAAGGAGAAGUGCCUUUAUCUUCUCGAUUGGGCACUUGUGGUGAAAGACCAAGGCAACUUAUUGGAGCUGGUUGAUCCAAGGUUGGGCUCCAAUUUCGACCCAGGCGAGGCAAUGGCUAUGAUCAACAUUGCUCUCCUCUGCACCAAUGUGUCUUUUUCGGCGAGACCAACCAUGUCAUCGGUGGUGAGCAUGCUGGAAGGUAAGGCUGCAGUCGAGGAAUUGACCACAAAUCCAAAUGACUUAAGAGAAGAGAUCAACGCAAUGUGGAGCCUUAUGCAGCAGAACCAUAAAAUGAUUGAUAACGACUGCCACAGCAAGAGUGCAUCGUCUAUGGACAUGCCAUCUACCAAUCCUUCGUCAUCUUUUUGAGUGGAGAUCAGAUUCUAAAACUCCAUUGGUAAUACUUUAAAUAAGGUUUCAAUUUUCUUUUAUUUUGGGAAGUUU